AUGUUUCAGGAAAUGCUUCAAAGAACAUCAGAAGAUUUUUUUCCAAAGAUGGAAAGUUCAGUUGAAGAGAUGGAUACCUCUGAUACCCAGUGGGGCUGGUUUUAUUUGGCUGAGUGUGGUAAAUGGCAUAUGUUUCAGACUGAUUCAAACAGUCAUUGCUCUGUUAGCAGUGAAGAUAUUGAAAGAAGCUUCCGAACAAACCCACAUGGUUCUGUUUCUUUCACUACUGCAAAAUUUAACUACACGCUAGACUUUUCAGUGAUGAAACAAACCAACCUAACUACCCUUAAGCAACGUCCAAUAAAGCGAGCUCCCUUUUCUAUCAGUGCUUUCAGUUUCAUCUGUGAAAAUGAGGCUAUCCCUAUGCCUUCACAUUGGGAGAAUGUAAAUACUGAGGAGCCAUAUCAGCUUAUUCCAUUGCAAAAGAAAACAAACGAAUAUAAUGAAGUUUCUAGUCUCUUUGGAAAAACAAUGGAUAGCCACCGAAUUAAAAGAAUUAAGAGAAUACAAAAUCUAGACUUGUGGGAGUUUUUUUGCAGGAAAAAAGCUCAACUAAAGAAGAAAAGAGGUGUCCCAACUAUUAAUGAGCAGAUGUUAUUUCAUGGCACCAGUAACGAAUUUGUUGAAGCAAUAUGUAUUCAUAACUUCGACUGGAGAAUAAAUGGGAUGCAUGCUGCUGUAUAUGGAAAAGGGACCUAUUUCGCAAGAGAUGCAUCAUAUUCCAGUCGUUUCUGCAAAGAGGACAUGAAGCAUGGAGAUACUUUCCAAAUUCAUGGUGUGAAUCUGCAGCCUCAUCUGCAUAGACCAGAUAAAGUCAUGUUUCUUGCUCGUGUGUUAACUGGUGACUAUAUCAACGGUGAUUCAAAAUACAUGAGGCCUCCUUCAAAAGACGGAAGUUUUGUGAACUUGUAUGACAGCUGUGUGGAUAAUACCUGGAACCCAAAGAUUUUUGUUAUCUUUGAUGCCAAUCAAAUCUACCCUGAAUACUUAAUAGAAUUUUGUUAAGUUUGAAAGGAGUUGAACUGAAUAUUGUUUGUGUCUUUUUGAUACUUCUGUUCCUUUUGUAAAGACAAUAUAAAAACAUGAAGCAUGAAGGGAGGUGAAAGAGAAGCUAGC